GCACAACAUAAAUUACGCAAGUUACAAAGGGACUAGGGUUUGUUUACAUCGUAUUUCAAAUGGCUUGUCCCUCUUAUUCUCAUCCAUAAAAAUAUGUACAUUAUAAGUUCAUAUAAUGUUAUAGGACUAAUUCUUGAAUUAGUAGUGUUGUUCACGAAUUCCGUCAAUUAUCGAUUGUAAUGUUGGAGAAUUUCAGCGUGCUUUAUUAUUGCUUCAAAGAUUAUUUCAAAUGAACCGAUAUCAAUAAAUCUAUUUUUAGCUAUCAAGCUGUGGUGUCGUUUCAGUCAUUUCUCGACUCACUAAGAGAUCAGUGAAUGUUGCAUCUUUUGUAUUGUGAAAGAUAGUUUUAAAACUUAUUUCACCAUCUACUACUUAAUUAUAGUCUUGAUGACAUGAACUUUGGAGUGGAGGUCAGCAAUGUGGACAACUUCUACCCAACUUCCACCUCACGCAAUGAGAGCUUGCUUAUUUAAAAUUAUUAAUUCAAUCUUUGCUCUGAAUUAAAAAAAUCCGGAAUUCAAAGCAUUGGUGUUGUUGUUAAAUACACAAGCCUUGGUGAAGUUAGUGGAUACAAGCAUUGGUAUUGCAUAGUUAGUGGAUACAAGCAUUGUGUAAUUAGUGGAUAGGAGCAGUGGUAUAGUCAGUCACAGUCAGUGGAUACAAGCAUUUGUGUAGUUAGUGGAUGCAAACAUUGGUGUGUAGUAAGUGAAAGUGGAUACAAGUAUUUUACUCUGCUGAAAAUAAAUGGUUUUAGGGAUAAAAGAUGUUUUGUUCAACCAAACAAAUAAUUUUAAACAAUAUUUUAUCUUGAAUUUAAUUAUUAUUAAUACUGCUUUGAAGUGGCUAAAGUUGCCAUGUUUGGUUACAUGCUUUAUUAAUUUUUGAAAAUUUCUAACACUUUUCAGCACAGAGAUGGAACAAGGCAUGCUUAUGCUUUUAAUAUUCCUGUCUUUUGCAGGAGCCUAUGGGGAGUAAGUAUUAUCAAUUGGAAUAAAGCCCCCCCCCCACACAUGACAAGAAAUAUAUAUGAUUGAUCAAAUAAAUAAUACAAUUUACCAGUAAUAGGAUAACCUGCUCAAUGAGCUAAAGGGAGACCAAUCCAUUUUUAUGUAGCCACAAUUUUGUUUUUUUAGAGAGUAAUCAUUUUAAUUGAGAUGUGUUGUUUUUAAAAGAUAAAUAAAUAAAUUAUGUAUGCAAUGUGGACACUUCAUAAUAAAAAUAUUGAUGUUGGUACACCUUCAGUAUAUUCACAUAAUUAUGUAAGCUUUGAGCACUAGGAGUCCAUAUAUUUAAAAAAUAAAAUUGCAAUUUCAGAGUUAUGAAGAAGAGCAAAAACAAUUCUUUUUAUGGCCUAAAAUAAAAUAUUUAAAUAAUUAUAAAUACAACUAAUACUACUUUAAAACCUUCAUGGUGGAGGGGAAGAGAAGAUCCUCACAGUGCUGUAUAGUCGGUUUUUGAGGAUAAGGAACCUUAACUAAAAUAACAUUUUAUAAAAAAUUUGGUUUAAUUUUUUUUAAAAAAGAAGCAAUUUGCAAAGAGAAUCAAGGAUAGUUUAUAAUACAAAAUAUCCUUUUUUUUUAAAGACAUGUCAAUUUGAUUAAAAGAACUAAAAUAAUAUUCCAUUUCCUUAAAAUAGUUUUUGAGGAACUGAUCACUAUUCAUUCAUCUGCCAUAAGCUACUUGCUUCAAAAUUAUACACAAUUUUUCCCCUACUAAGAUUGAUAUAAAAAGUUAAUGAAAAAUAAAAAUUGUUUACCCAGAACUGGAACUUAUUUCAUCACUGCCCCACAAACAAUUUACCGUGGGGGCAUCUUUGACAUAAGCAUUGACAUUCUUAAGGACAACGUGAGUGUGCCAGUGGAGGCUUCACUACAGGAUUCGGUUUACAACUCAGUGCAUAAUCGUUAUGAUGUUGUCACAUUGCAAACAAUGAAAGGCAAUUUUAUAAAAGGUAAAGUCAUUGAAUAAUUACAAUUUUAAUGGUUGUCAGUUUUUUGGGAAUACUAAAUGUUGAGCCUGGCAUGAACAAAAAUAUGUAUUUAUCAUAGCACAAAUAAUCUGGUAUCUAGGCUUUAUACACAAGAAAAUUCUAAAAAGUAAAUUGGAGGCAUCAUGUGCACCCUCAUCCAUUUAAAUUCUGGUAAACAUACAUGAAAUGCAUUUUAAUGUCAGAAAGUUUCUGUUGUCCAAUUAGUUUUUCAAUUCCAUAGCAAGAUUAAAGUAAUUUAUCAAGUGAUACAAUUUUAAGGCUUGUUAAAUUGUUUCUAUCCAUUUUGUUUUUCAUGAAGGUGUGACUGGAACUCUUUCAUUUGCGGUAAGUUUCAAAUUAAUAUAUCCAUAGGGGGUUCUAAAGACUUAUGUAAAAAGGAAUACACAAAUUUGUUAAACUGUAUCAUCUAGGUUUAUGAUAAAAAUGAAUAUAUUAGCUACAACAAGUAUGUAAUUUAAGAAUACUGAAGACCAUCUUCUAUGAAAAAUAAAAUUUAUUAAUAAGCAGGCUAUUGUAAAUUUUAUUUUUAUUGGUCCAAAUUAUAAUUAAAUAUCAAUAUUAUUAUAUUAAUCGAGAAAUAUUUCAAGAUUUUUUAUUUUCUUCUUUGAUAUAAAAACAUUGCUUAACUCUUUACUUUUAAAUGGACAUGAUAUAAUCUUAAAAGAAAAAUAUUUUGUUCCUGAAUUGUAUGGCUAAGAAUUUAAAAAAAAAAAGUUUUCACCUCUGGAAACCCAUUAAAUUUUAUUUUUAAAAAUUAUCUAUUUCAAAGAUUGAUGCUAACAUCACUUGCAAUACCUGUAGCCUGAGGCUUAAAGGUCAAGGCCCUUUACAGUUUGAGGCAAGCACAACACUGCAACUAAGUUAUAGAUCAGUGUCUAUUUUAAUCCAAACAGACAAAGCUAUCUAUAAACCUACAGAGACAGGUAAGCAUUAUUAUAAUGAGAUUAAUAAAUUAUAUUACUGCCUUACAAAAUAUUUAUUGAACAUGAGGCACUACUAAUCCUAUAACAAAUUAUUAACCCAUCUGACAAAUUUGAUGGGCUCUAAUAACAGGAAAAUUGGAAACAGUUUAACUAAUACUUUUUCUUUAGUUGAUGGGGUUUCUUCCAAUCUAUUCAUUUUAGUCAUUGUAAAUUAUAUAUAUAAUCACUUUCUUAGAUGGAUAAAUUCACUUGAGGAUGAAUUGUGAAGUUUGUUAUCCUAAAGUGUGCUCUCUAACUUCCACUUUUAAGAAACCUUGUGUUAUAUAACUUAUGCAAUGAAUAAUUCCCAUCUUUAUUUUUCAUUUGAAAUAACCAUUGAAAUUAUUCUAUGUAUUGAUUCAUUUAUUUUCAUAUGAAUUAUAGACCAAUACAUUUUUCUAUUAUUCCCUACAGUUCAUUGUAUUCAAAAAAUUGAAAAUAAUUUUAAAUAAUUUGAUCCUUAAGAAGGUUCAUAACAAAAUAAAAAUUUCAUCCAAAAUUGAAAUCUAGUAGCUUCAAUAUUAAUUUUUGGUAAAAAAUGUGUAAAUAAUUCAUUUAAAAAAAAAAAAAUUGAUUAAGUUGUAAAAUUAAAAAUUAUGUAAAGAAAUAACAUAAUAACCAACUCAAUAAUUAAAUUUUGGCCUACUUCACAGAAUUACAAUAUUUUGAAAGCAUUUAAAUGUUAAAUUUAUUACAAGCCGUAAAAAAAUUGCAAUCUUUAAAAGACUUCAUUAUGAGAUCUACUAUCUCUCAAAUACUUUUCUAAAUUAUAUUUUGGUAUAAUAUAGGCCCAUUUAGAAAAUGUGCUGUUAAUUAUAAGAUUACUAAUGGGGGACUUGUAUAAAAUUUGUACCCAAUUACAAAAAUAAUCCCCUAGUUUGUUGUGUUGUAAUAUUUUAUGUAGGUAUUUAUGGUCUACCCUAUCAAAGACUUUUUCUUGGUCUAGAGAUAAUAUGCAAGUUUGGAUGUUUUUGUCAUUUGAAUAUUGAAUAAGGUCUCUAAUGAAAUGAUUGUGGUUCUGGAUGUCACUACCUUUGAUGCUGCAUUGUUGGUUUAUAUGUAUUUUUUAAAGACAUUAAAAUUGACAGAUCAGUUAGACAAGGGUGUCCCCUAUCCCCUUACCUUUAUAUCCUAUCCUUUCAACCCUUGUUAGAGAGAAUUUGAAAGGAGGAGAGUAUUAAAGGAGUAAGGAUCCCUGGGGGUAAUGAAACGAAAGUCAUUGCAUAUGCAGAUGACACACGUUUUUUUCCUAUUGAUGAUAAGUCUAUUUCAAAAAUAAUAUCAAUAUUUCAAGAAUUUGGAAGAGGUAGUGGGUCUAAAAUAAACAUAACUAAAUCUGAAAUUAUAGGGAUAGGUAGGUGGAAAGAUAGACUAGAUUUCCCUUUAGAAAUCGUAAGGAAAGAUAGUCUUAGGAUAUAUGGCAUUUAUUUUUCAAACAAACAGACUCAAACUAACACAGAAACAUGGCAAAACAUUGAACAGUUAAUAAAAAACAUAAUUGACAGACAUAAAUACACAGCACACACAAUUUUUGGCGGAGCACAAUCAUAAACACAUAUGUAAUUCCUAAAACAAUAUACACAAGGAACACAUGGGGACCUCCACCAGCCAUUUUAAGAAAAAUCAACUUACACAUCAAGAAUUAGAUAUUUCAAGGAACAAUACAAAACAUUAAAAAUACAACAUUAAUCCAAUCUAAAAUAGAAGGGGGGAUUAAUUUACAAGACAUACAAACAAAACUAGAAGCACUUAGAAUCAAAGUUAUAGGACAAGCCAUUAGAAAGAACGAGGAAAAUUUAUUUACACAUUAUUACAUUGGGAUAAGGCUAGGACAGUUAAAAAAAAUUGAUAACAACACACCCCAUUACAUGGGAAGAAAACAAUCGGAUUUUCAUAUGGCAUGCAUUCAAGCAUUAAAAGGCAACGAAACACUUAUACACAAGACAAACUAAAGAAAUUUACACACAUUUAAUAAAGAAAAAAGCAACACCACUCUACAAUAGGAUAAAAUGGACACAUGUUUAUGGAACAAUAAACACUAAGAAUACAUUUAAAAAUACACACAUUAAAGAAAUCGAAAAUAAAGACAAAGAAAUAACAUAUAGACUCAUAUACAACAGGACACCAGUAUCAUCAAGACCAUACAAGGACAGGGUUAGGUACAUGGAAUGUCCACUCUGCAGGACAGGGGCUGAUGAGACAGAACAACAUUUAUAUCUGACAUGCAACACAAUAUUACAGACUAAAUCUACACUUAAACAAAUCAUACAAACAGGUACAGUUCACCCAGUAGAUAUAGACAGAGCUAUAACACUAAACACAAUACCAGAAUCCAUAAACAAGAAACAACACACAAUAAGUCUAAUAUUACUUUCACAUUACAGAAAACAUGUAUGGCACCACAGACUUAAGGCUUUCUUCCACAAACAGAAUUACACAAACAUUACAUUAGAAAAACUUUUUCGAUUUAAAAUACAAAACAUAAUUCAAAACACAAGUUAAGAAAAUAUAAUAACAAAAUAAUACAUUCCUUGUUUAUAAUUCCAAUUCAUUUAUAGAUAAUGUUAAAAAAUUAGUAAUUGGCAUAAAUUUUAAUUUAUUUCACACCAUUAUAAUGUAAAAAUUUUGUUCAGUUAAAACUUCAGAAAAUUUGCCUGUAAUUAUUUCAGUUUUACUCUGUUUAUGUAUUGAAUGAUUUUGAUUAUUAAAAAAAAAAAAAAAAAAAAGGUGGAUUGUAGCGGACAUUGACAGUCAUAAGACAAACGGACAUAAAUACGUUAUAAAAAGAAAAAAAAAUGGAUUAUAAAUUUAUAUGUCCACAUGUCUGUGAUCCUUACAUUAAGGAUAUGUUGUAAAUGAAAAGUGUAUUGUUAUAGUUCAUCAUGCAUUCCACCAUUUAUCUCAAUUAAAUUAAUUAAAUAGUUUACAAUGAAAUCGUGCAUCCAAAUUGUCCAUGACUAAAUAAGCGUAUCGAUAAUUACAUUAUUUUUAGAUAAAAAUUAGAACAUCGUUAAUAUUAGAUCUAAUAAAUGAACAUGUAGACUAUCACUAAAAAAAAAAAAAAAAAAAAAAAAUGUAGACUAUAAAUAAAAAAAAAAAAAAAAAAAAAAAAAUAUAGGCUCAUUUGUUAUUUGUCAAGGUAAAAUAUUAACUAACUUGCCUUUAUUUAUUCAACAGUACGAUUUAGGGCACUGGCUGUUUUUCCUGACCUUAGUCUGUAUGCAGGAAAAUUUAAUGUUCACAUUCUGGUAAAUUUUGUCUAUUAAAUAGUAAUUUACAUGCCAAGUAUUUGAUAGCAUUAAGCCAGAUUAAUUAAGUCCAUUAAUUAUUUCAAUAAUGUUUAGGCAAUUUUUUUUAACCCCUCCCUCCUUUUUGACAACAACUUUCAAAGUUUUAUGUAACCCUCUAAUUAAUUAUGUCAAAAAUUGUAUACCCCCCAUAAAAACAUUAAAAAAAAAUAAACAUAGAUAUUUUUGAAAGGAUGUGAUAUAGAAAUGGGUGAGGAACAACAAAAUUAUUUAGAUUUUUUAAACUUCUUAAAUAAAUUUUUAUUUGUAAUAAAUAGAAUCUAUGACUAAAGUCCAUUUUAUAAUUCAUGUUUAUUAAAUAAUUAAUAAGGUCCAAAUAUAUUCUUGUCAGUAAAUAUUGUUAGUUUUUUUCAUCUUCACAUUAAUCAGCCACAUGUUUCUCUUUUGCAAAAGCGCAAAGCAACUACUGAAUUUAUAAUUUCCAUAACAAUAUUAUUAUGAAACUUGCUGAUGUCAUCCUUGACUAGUCUAACCUUAUAAAUGCUUCAAAUAGCAGCAUUUUCUUUGUGUGCAAUAAUUUCCAUCACCUCUGCCUGUCUUUUGGCAACCACUCAAAUUGGCUCAAAUCUUUUAACAUUUUUCUUAUGUUGGAGCAGAUGGUAAUUUUUUUCGGCACAAUAUUGGUGCUGGUCUGACCAUUCGCAAUUUGAAGAAUUUUGAUAAACACUAAAAAUAAAUAAAUAUUUUGCAACAAUCAUCUAGGCAAUGAUUUAUAUUUAUUUUUAUAUAUCAGAGAAAAAAUUAUUGUUCAUGUCAUUUUAUCCCCCCACCCCCCCUCAACAAUUGUUAAACAUUUUCCAUCCACACUCCUCUAUUUUGUUAACAUUACUAAAGGAUGACUCCUUAAAUCUGUUACUUUCUGCUAAUUUACAAAAAAAUAAUUAAAUAUGCCAUAAAAGUUUAAACAAAUUUUUUUUAGGACCCAAGUGGCAACAAAAUUAAGAUUCUCAAAGGUUUGCAAGGGUUAUCAGGGGUUGUUGAAGAUAACAUUGUACUGAGUGACCAACCCCAAUUCGGUACAUGGAGUAUUAGUGCAUUUCUUGAGGUAUUUGUCACCAUAGAAUUAAAAAAAAAAAUAUUUUAUCAAUGUCACAGACAAUUUGAUAUGGUUGUGAAAAAGUUAACAAUGGAAGAAUACUCAAUCAAAGUUUUCUGCUCAAAUAAAGUAUUGGAAGGGUAUGGUAUGGAAUAAUUUUUGAGAAAUAGAGGCGAUCAAGAGGGAAAAUAAAACUCAUUUCUUUAUAUAUCGCUUAGAUUAAAUCAGUGACUGGGUUUAAUCUUUUCAUUGAAAAUGAUUGAAAUGUUUCUUUAUAUUUUUUCUCUAAAGGACUUCACAGACAUCGAGUCCCAGUCCUUUGAAGUAGCUGAGUAUGGUAAGUGAAAGAUUAUAGAAUACUGAUGUUUAUGCUACAUUUUAUUCUGCAUGUUUUAUUAUAAAAACAUCAGCUAUGAUGCAUGCCAACAUGUUUUACCAAAGUUCUUUUUGUUUUUCAAAAGAAACCCUUUCUUUCAUUGUUCAAACAGAUUUGCCAAGAUUUGAAGUGAUUGUUGAAUUACCUCCCUAUGGUUUGGUCGAAGACUCAGUCCUGACAGGAAAAGUUAAAGCUAAGUAGGUAGCAUUUGUUACAGAUGCUGCCUGCACUUGAAAAAUAAACUUGUAUUGGAUUUGGCCACUUCAUUUCCUCUAAUUUUCUGAGUCUGAGUGUGAAAGCAAUUUCAAAUUACUGAAAUAAAAUACUGCAAUGCCUUGCCAUAAACAUAAUUUUUGCAUAAUGUAGUUCUGACGAAAUAUAGUUCUAUUUUUUUUAAACAUUUAAGGAAAUAUUUUUUUCAAAUAAUAAUAUUUAAUUUUUGUUACAAAUUUGUAUUUAUUUUUCAUUGUUGUGAUAGUUUGCUUAGUCAUGUAUGUGGAAAGUUGAAGCACAAGCCCAGAAAGUAGAAAACACUGCUAAAGCAUGUAAGAGUGUUGGGUUGUGAUAAAGCUUUUAAUUAGAUCAAUGAGAGUUAAACAAUUUGUGUAAAUACAGGUUAAGCUUUAACUAAUCCUUCAUCACUACAACAAAAAGAAUUCAUAUAAUUAUAAAUUAAAGUUACAAUAUAUAUAUAUAUAUAUAUAUAUAUAUAUAUAGAUAUAUAAAUAGAUAUAUAUAUAUAUAUAUAUAUAUAUAUAUAUAUAUAUAUAUUAUAUGUAUUUUAUUUCAAAUUUAGUUUAUAAAAACAUACAAUUAGUGAAAUAUAUAUUUUUUAUUUUAUAUAUUUGUGUAAAUACAGUUUAAUCUUUAAAUAAUCUUUCCUCAAUAAAACAAAAAAAAUAUAUAUAAAUAUAAAAUAAAUUUACAAUAUAUAUAUAUAUAUAUAUAUAUAUAUAUAUAGAUAUAUAAAUAGAUAUAUAUAUAUAUAUAUAUAUAUAUAUAGGCCUAUAUAUAUUAUAUGUAUUUUACUUCAAAAUUAGUUCAUAAAAGCAUACAAUUAGUGAAACAUAUAUUUUUAAUUUUACAAAUGGAUGAAUUUUUCUGCUUGAUGGUGUUAGCCACUCAUGUAAUAAAUGUUACUGCAUAUUAAGAAGUUGUAAAGAAAAUAGACGAUUAUUGUAUUUGUGUAAACUGUAAACUAAUCUUUAGGAAUUGAAGCGUAACUUAAAUAACUAUUUGAAAAUUUAGUCAUGAUGUUUUUAAAACUCCCUAGGAAAAUUGAAAGUACAAAUACUCACUGAAGAACUUGCAUAUAAAUCUUUGUAGCAGAUGAUAAUUUUUAGACACCCUAUCUUUUUUUGUGUCAUCAACCUGAAAAACAUUGUAAAUAAAAUUGGCUGUUAUAGACUAUAUUUUUUACUUUAAGACAUAAAAUAAAGAAUGUGACAAAAUAAAUUUUCAAAUGUAUUUGCCCUCUGUCAUUUCAAUGAUCUUAAAUCUUUCUGUAUGAGCGUCUUUCCCUCAUUUAAUGAACUAAUGAUGUCAUAUCAUCUAACUACUUCCUUGUAUCUCCAUCUUUCAGGUACACAUUUGGUCAGCCUGUAGUAGGUAUGGUGGAACUUCAUGUUGGCCGAAAUGUUCAACUACGUCCAAAUGAAUGUGGAAGAAGUCAGGUCCAAACAACACAGAUUGCAUUUGAGGUGAUCAUUAAUUGAAUAAAGAAGAAUGGUCCUACAAUCAUAAAAUACAUUAAAAUUUUUAAAAAGAUACAAAUUAUUUAACAUUAAAAAAAAUAUUUUUUUCUAUACAGACUUAGUUAAAUCACUAAGUAUAAACAGAACUGUUUGGUGUCUUAUAAUUUGAUUAAUAUUAUGAUAACAUAUAACCCUAUUUGUCAGAACAGAUUUUUAAUGUUUCUUCAUUUGACAAAAAAGGAAGUUGUAGUCACCUUUAUACAAAGGACUCACACAAAAAAAUGUGUUUUAAAAACAUUAUUUAUAAUAGCUGGAAAAUUUUUAGCAGGACCGAAAGAGAAGAAAUUUCUAAUAAUAAUAAUGAACAUGGCAGAUAAACUUUUUCUCCCAUUACAUAUUAUGAAUGGCAAAAAAAAAUAUUUAAUUUGCUUUUCAGAUAAAUGGAGAGAGCUCAUUUACAAUUCCUAAAGAAGACAUCCAAAGGGUAGUUGGUAUUUAUGAUAACUCUGAGGCAAGGAUAACAGCAUUUGUAACUGAGGCAUCAACAGGUGAAUUUUCUUAAUUAAUAUGAGUCAUUACAAGCCAAAAAGUAGAAUUUGUGAUAAAGCUCCUUGUUUCUUUUGCUUAAAUAAUUACAUUCCACAAGAUAAAGUCAAUUUCAAACUCUCUGUUCUUUGCCGUUAAAUAUUUAUAUAUUUCUAAUUAAUUUUAUUUUGUCCAUAAAUAGUUUCAUUUUUAAACUUUUAAAUAUGUUUUAUAACUACUGUGUGAGGAUAAUUAAAAAUUUCAAAGUAAAACCAAAUGUGGAUAUACAUGAGAAAGAUAAGAGGAGUUGGUGCUAGUUAUUAUCUUCUUUUUAAGUUUUAAAAAUACAGUUUUGACUAACAUAUUAUUAUAAUAUACAAUGUAAAACAAUUCAUGUCACUAAAUGAGAAAAUGUCAGCCUAAUUUAUAUUUGCUCAUGAAGAUUCAAAUUCUACCUGUUUAUGUUUUUAAAUAAGUUUUAUUUUUGGUGUGCAGGUGUCAAGCUGAAUGGCAGCAGUGUAAUUAAAUUUUACCAGAACAAGUUCAGUGUCAAAUUUUUGGAUUCAACACCAAAUGUUUUCAAACCAGGACUACAGUACACUGCAUUUGUAAAAAAAAAAUUCUCUCUUUUAUUUAACAUUUCUCUAACUUCACUAAAUUGUAAACUUGGUGUCCCUAUUUUUAGUAGGAUUUUCUUAUAAUUCCUUAAAGUGUAUGCUUUUUAAAUCAAAAGUACUCUUUUUUAUGACAAUCGUAUAGAAAAAAAAAGAUGACAGACUAGUCAUGUCUAAAUAGUAGCAAUAUAUUGUUUAAAUACUUAUAAAUAGAAAAGUGAAAUAUUGAUUUAAAAACUUAGUUAAAAAUCUUAAAUCUGCAAAAUGAUGGGUAAAGGAAAGCCUUUAGAACAACUUAAUACAUUUGCAUUAAAUAACCACUAAAUAAUUUGGUUGAAAAAACCCAUUGAACUGGAAUACAAUGCUGUUAUGAGUAAUGUUUAUGGAUAUCAUAAUUUUGUCCUUAUUUUAUCAUAGGUCCAGGUGUCAAGUCCUGACAACAUGCCCCCCACAGAAGGCAACAAUGUCAUUUCUGCCUACACCUUAGUCAACUACCAGCAAAAGCUCCCAGAUCAAAGUCUGUAUGGAACACAUAUCUUCACAGGAUCAUAUCCGCUUUUAGGACAAAACUUGACACUCCCAGCAAAUGGAGUAUUACCAAUAGAUAUUGAUAUCCCAAAAAAUGCAACAUCAAUUACAAUUAAGGUAAAUUAUUUUUAUAGAAAUUAAACAGAAAUUUCAUUUUACUGGCACAAAAGUUAGUCAUAAAAUGCCCUUUAGCAAACAUUUUUUGAAAGAGGAAUUUGAUAAAAUGCACUAUAAUGAAUUAAUAUACUAUAUCAAUUUAAUCUUGAUAGAGUAAACUGUUUUUUUUCCCCCAUUUACUUUGAUUUGUUUCCUUUGGUGGUGAAUAAAUUAAUCAUCUGAAAAAUCUUAAAUAAGUUGUGCCAUGUAAGUUUAUUCGGUUUUUAUGUUGGUUUUAGUUUUUAGAAGCACUACACUCACAUCUUAUUAAUUAAUAAAUUACAUUUAAUCUGCUUACACCAUUCUUGAUUUUCUGUUUGAGUGAUCCCUAUUUAAUCUACCUUAAUUGAAGCUCUACAUGUUAUUUUUUCUUGGAUUUCAUUUAUUUCAUUUUUUAAAUAAUCUCUGAUCAGGUAACUUUUGGCUCCAUUUCUGACACUAGAACAGUGGAGAAAACAUACUCAAAAAGUGAAAACUACAUCCAAGCUUCACUAUUAGAAAAAAAUAUCAAGGUAAACAUAACAUAUUUCAUUCUUGUUAAAAUAACUAAAAACUAUUUAUAAACAAAUAUAUUUAUUAUUAUAAUUAAAUUUAAAAUAACUGAAAAAUAAACUCUACUUGUAUUUAUUGUUUUUGAGUAACAAAUUUAAAAUGGACAUUUUCUAUUUUAAUAAUGUGUUGUUUUUGUUUAGUUAUUUGUGGUGCUGAUUGUAAUAGUAUAAUAAGAUACCAACUCAAGUCUGUGGUCCGUGUAACAGCUAACCUUUAUUUACAAUUCCCUAUUCUUUUUAUACCCCACUUAACAUGAUCACUCCCUCCAGUUCUCCAAACAUUAUUCACACAUUUAAGUUCAAAUAUUAAUACAACACAGGACAAUCAGGUAACAAAAUUUAAUCAAUACCUAAAAGAAUAAUCAUCAGUCAUAUAUACUGUCACUCUGAGCAUUGGAAAUCUGAAUGAACAUUCUACUUUAUUACGCAAUUUUAGUUGUAUGAAAUUCUUAAAAUCUAUCAAGCAAUUUUUUUACUGGAAUAAAUGAAAUUCUUGUGUUUGAAAAAAAUGGGAAGAAAAAGGCAAAUUAAAGUAUAUGACAGAGAUUUAACAGUUCAUUAGGAACAUUUUUAAAAUUUUAAGUAAGGAUUUAGAAAAAAAAGCAAUGAAACAUUAUUUUGUCCAAAUAGUUGUCACUUUAUAGUUGUCCCCAACUGUCAGUCGAUCUCAACCUUUAGCUUCAUAUAAUUUAUUGACAAAACGAUACCAUAUUUUAAAUAAUGUUUUAAAGAAAUAUUGAUAAAGUUUGAUGUUUAAUUGAGCUGUGCAUAAAAAUGGUUAUCUUUGUGCUGAAAAUGUCUUUAUAAUAGAAACAUUAUUAUUAAAAAAUUUAAAUUGAAACAAUUUUAAAAUCUACAAUAAAUAUUCAGUUUAUUAAUUAAAAUUUGUGCUUCAUAUAAUUUCUGAUGAAAAAAAUAAAUCUUUAAAUAAAAUAAUAGACAAGAGAUGACACAUUUCUAAAUAUUAUUUGUAAACCUUUUUUCCCUUAACAGUCAGGUAAUGAUGUGACAGUUCGAGUUGUUGGCACUGAGCCUUUAAAUAAAUUGACUUAUCAGGUAACAUUCAUUACUUCAGGAUUUAUUAAAUAAAAAUUUUAAUUUACCUAAUGAUUCUAAAAAGUGAACAUUUAGUUACAUUAUAUUGCCUCAUGUGAAAUUAAUUUUUUUUAGGUUCUGUCCCGAGGUUCAGUUGUGGCUACUGCAAUGUUGGAUGGGAAUGGGAAAAGGGACUUUACAUUCAAACUUCUAGUUACCCCUUCAAUGGCUCCAACAGCCCGUCUUGUGAUUUACUAUGACAGGAGUGAGGAUGAAAUUGUGGUUGACAGUCUAGUAUUUAAUGUGGCGGGUCUCUUUGAAAAUAAGGUUUGUUUUUAAAAAAUAUUACAAUAAAGUAAAUGAUUUAUGAAAAUAUCAACCAAGUUAAGUGGUUAUUUUUAAUCAUAUGAAAAUUCUUAUCUAUAUCUAUCCAUUUAAUAUUUUGUUAAGAGCAGCCCCUAAUCUUAAAAAAAAGUUGCAAAAACUAUGACCAUUUGAUUCCAAAAUCUAAAAAAAUGUUUUCAUUACAAAAGUUUUACGUAUAAUGAACUGAUAUUCUUACAUUGCUUCAGAUGUUGAUAGACUUAGAGGACAUUAACAUUAAUAAAUUAAGAUAUUAUGUAUUUAAUAAUCUCUUUAACUCACAAAUUAAUACAAGUUGAUAUAAUUUGUUUUUAAAAAUGCCCAUUUUAAUUUAAGAAAAUAUUAGCUUCUUAUUGUUUUCACCUCUGGGGUGUGACCUCAUUUAAACCAAUGCCAUUUGUCCCCAGGUGUCAAUCAAUUUUAAUGUCAAUGAGACAAAGCCAGGUGAAAGUGUAGAUGUGAUUUUGACUGCUGACCCUGACUCUCAAGUUCACAUCCUGGCUGUUGAUCAGAGUGUAUUGCUGCUCAAGUCAGGAAAUGAUAUCACACCAGACAAGGUGAAUGUUUUUUUAACAUUUGAUCAUAAGAGUCUUAACAAUAACAUGGGGCUUGCAAGAUGAAAUUAUAUCUCAACAAAAUACAAUUUUGAUUUUUAUACCUCACAAACCACAUAACAAGCAUUAGCAAUGCUCAGCUAAUUGUAACUCUCUUCCCUCUUUGAAUCUAUGCAUUUUACUGUCACCUCAAUCUGCUUUAAUAAUCACAUGACAUUAAAUUUACAAACCUUUAAGUGAACUUUUCUAUUAAUGCAUGCUUUGAGUGACCGAUUGUGGAAAAAUAUCUUGCUCAUCAUACAUUAAUUGAAACAUUAUAUUAUAUUUUAGGUCAACGAUGCCAUGUCAGAUUUUGAUUCCGGCUCAAAACCCAAAAACUCUGAGUAUGCCCUUUCUUCUAGUGCAAAAUCUGCACAUGAUGUAUUUUAUGUAAGUAGCCUCUAAAGCAGGUUUCAAUUUUUUCUUUAAAUUGCUGAGAAUUCAGCCUUUUUAUUUUCAGUUAAAAAAUGAUAAUUAAUUUUUUAUAUAUAUUCACAGAUAAUAAAAUUGGGUUCUCAGUUCCAAAAAUAAUCUAUUAGCUUAGCAUUUGUAUCAGCCCAAUCAUAAUAAAACGCUUUAAUUUCUUGCUAAAUCAAGUAAAGUUGUUCAUUUUCUUUUCUUUAAAAUGCUCAUGUUUAUUUAUAGAAGACUGAGAGAAAUUGAGUGAGAUCUGUGAGAGAGAAAAUAAUUUUAUAAGGUUGGAUGAGAUGAGUGAUGAGUUCUUUUUCAAUUAUAAUUAAUCAAUUAAUCAAAUACAUUAAAAAUCAAAUUUAAUAUAAAAUACUCAUUUUUAAACUUUAGAACAUAGGCCUCAAGACACUUACAGAUGUGACACUGACUGCUCCUCAAACAUAUCAAAGGCCUCAGAUUGGUAAAAAAUUCUAAAAACCUAUGAUUAUUUAAUAUUAUUCAUCCAAAGUAAACUUAUAUACAGAAAUAUUCUAUAUAUUUACAUACACCUAAUGUAAAAUAGCAUUGUCUAAGUAAAAUGCAUUGAUAUCAAUCAUCAUCUAGAAGCACAAAUGACUUGAAAAAACAUAAGAAGUCAACAUCCUGGGAUAAAAUGCAUACCAGUUUAAGCAGUAAAAUAUGAUCAUAAAAGAAAGCAAAGCCAUGAGACUCACUAUUAUUGUCUAUUAUUAUUACAUAAAAAAUACAUUACAGGGGGAACUGGGUGGAGCAUUUAAUUAUAUACAAGUGAAGAAGUUUUAUCUUAAAUGAAACAUUUAUUAUAGCCAGAAAUUCUGGGAAGCUCAUUGCACAUGUGAGUGUAGCACCAUCAGUGAUAUAUGGGGACUCUCAUAUGUAUGGCAAAGGCUGGCUUGUAGGCUUGAGAACAUAGUGUUGACCACUUUAUUUAUUGCAGUGUCAUUUAUUAGCAAGCUUCCUUGAAAAUCUCUUUCAUUCUAUUUAGGGAAUGUGGUAAAAGUUUAAACAGCUCUGACUUAAGUAAUAUUUUUUGAAAAUGACAAAAUACAAAAUAAUAAUCACACAUUGUUUCACACAGCACAUUGUUUUGUAUUGUAGUGACUUCACAACAUGUAUCAGCUACAAAGCAUAAAAGCGUAACGACACUACUCAAUAAAACAAUGGGGCUUGUGAAACAAGGCAUAAUUAAUAUUUUUUACUUUGUUAUUUUCAUCACAUUUGCCUUCAUGUUGAAUUUAAAUCUUCUAUCAGUUUCAAAAUUGAAAUAUUUCAGAGUUGCUUCCUAAUCUCAUCCCAUUUUCUAAAGUAUUAAAGUCCUAUUCAUAAUUCUUUGAGAUUUUUUGUGGAGAAAAAUUAUUUUACUAAGUACAGUAUUAAAAUAUUUAAACAAUAUUAAUUGAAACUUAACAAACCAAACUAUUCAGGACUAAGAGGCCCAAUGGGUUCUUCAAACUUUUUGAGGUCAGGCAUGGAACGAACUAAAGUUGCCUUUGAUGAUGUACACCUAAUGUAUUUUUCUGCUGAGUAUGAUAUGGAUAUGUCUGAACAGCUUCAAGUUGUCAAAAGUUUCAGAAAUGUCUUCCCAGAAGCUUGGCUUUGGAAGAGCACUGAGAUUGGGUAUGGUGAAAACAAUGAUACAAAGUUUUACCUACCAGGAACAAGCAGUGAUAUUUUGGCUUUAGCAUGAACCCAGAAAGAAUUUCUUCUUUUUACAAGUUCUGUGGAUAAGUAAAGUGCAUGCAACAGUUUCAUUAUCUGUAAUUAAUGAAGGAUUCCAAAAUAUUUUAUGUGAGGAAAACUUCAAGGUAUUAGCAAUUGAAUAAUUUAUUUAUGAAUCCCAAAUGCAGGAAAACCAUUAAACAUAAUGAGUGACAUAAUUUAAAAACUUUGACAAAGAAAAUAGGAAAAAUAAUGCAUCUUUUAAAAAAAAUUUCCUUUAGAGAAAGAGUUUCAACAAAUUAAGUUCAAAUUCAUUUAAAUAUGUAAUAUGAAUAUAAAAAUAGUCCUUUUAUCUGAUCAUGACAGAUUUAACUAAUAACUAAUUUAAUUAUUGAUUUUUUCAAUUAAAUUUUAUUUAUUUAUACUUUUGUGUGUGUAUUUUCAAGGUAUCCUAUUUAAGCCUUUAAAUAAAUGAAUGACAUGUUUCUAUUUCUAAUAUGUCUUUCUCAAUUUAAAAUAUUUAUUAACUUUCUUGUGGCUAUGCAAAUUGCCAAAAAUUUUUUAUAGAUGGAUUAAAAUAUCAUAAUACCCUAUAAGAAAAUUUUGGAUAACUCACAUGGUACCUACACCAACAGUUUUCUGUUUUCUAACUUCUGACUAUAAUAAUCUGAGGUAAUGCAAUUUACUGUAUUUUAAUGUCCACUAUAAUGAAAAUUAGAAGGAAAAAAGUUCAAUUAGAUACAGAUAAGAGGUGUUAAAAAUUAUUUUUAGAGGACAGCAUAUAUUUUUUUGGCAUGCCCAGAAUGUUUGCAAAGCCCUGCAUGUAAAUGGAUGUAUGUCUUUUUCAAAUUAGUGAAAUGUGCUACACAACAUGUGAAGCAUUUUUUUCAAUUAAAAUCAGACUUUAAAUUAAUAACCCUUAAUAAAUUUUUUCCAUCUACAACUUCAAAGAAUCUAUUAGGAAAAUUCCUCUGACGGCAAUCAAGGUUAUUCUCACAAUAAUUAAAUUACUCUUUACAGUUAAUUUAUUAUAUUUUUUUUAUUAGAUGCACUUUCAUAUUAUUCACCUGCUGCACAAGGACUUCAAAUGUCACCACCCAAUGAAAUGGCCAUGGAUUCUCAGUCUAUGAAAAUGGGCCUUUCUGAAUUAGAUAGUCAAUCAGCACCCUUGAUGGAAAUCAGCCAAGUCCGGAAAGUCUUUCCAGAGGCUUGGUUGUGGGUGACUGCUUCCUUAGGGUAAAGGGAUUUUGGUCCAUUAUCUUAGUAUUACAGUCAUACUUGUAUAUUAAUUGGUGGAUGCAUUUUAUAGUUAUAAAGUUAGAGGGAAACAACUAAACAAUUUGAAAUGUGUAUUUUCACUUUUAAAAGAAACUUUAACAAAUGUUGGUUGAUAAUUUUGUAAAAUGUAAAUUUUAAAUUAUUUUUGGAGUGGGAUGGUGUGAUGAGUGGACUGAUAAAAGUUGUGAAAUAUCAAAUUAAUUUUGAAAUUGAAUGCCAUUAUUAAAUAUAGAAUUUGUUAAAUUAGAAAUAGCAUUGUCUUUCAAUUUAUAAAUAAUAUAUUGGGGACCACUUAGUAAAAAAUUGUGUCACAAAAUAAUAAAGGCACUGAAAUAGACAUAUCAGUAUUAAGCUAUUCACCACUUAUUUGAAUAAAAUAAAGCCUUAUUAGGGUAUGCAACCAAUAAGCCUUGAAAGCACUGGUCUAAAAAAAAGGAAUAGAAUUAUAAACUAAGUCAUCCUAGUCUCAGAUCGAUAUGAAUAAUUUUUCAUUAAAUAAAUAUUUAAGAGUCUGUAGUUUCCUGAUUUCUCUCCCUUCAUCCACAUCAAAAUUAUUUUCAAUCAUUUGAUUUCUUUGCAUGGUUAGCAUGCAUGUACCUAGGCAAAAAACAUUGAAUAUUUGUUGUUCUUUGCAUGAUAUUUGCAAUGCAUGUCUGACUUUUUUAAAUUUCAUGUUUAAAUAAUUGCAAUGGAUUGUGUUUAGAUUUAUUUAUUUCAAGAAAGCUAUUAUAUUCAUUUUAGAAAAAAAAUAUUUGGACCUUAGAAAAAUUUACUUGUACAGUAAAUCCCCUUAAUAAGAAGUCUGUUACUUAUGUUUUAAAAUAUUUUAUUAGUUAAUUAUCUUAAAAUAUAUUAGGCGUGACCCAUGUUGUGUCUGAACACUGAAAGUUUCCUCAUUUAAAUAUGAAAUGUCCUAUUAAAAACAAAAUUGUAACUUAAUUUAACUACCAAAUAGAUGCUUAUAUAAGUAACAUUAUAAUGCUUUUGAAAAUUAAAAUUAAUUUAACAUUAUUUUUAUAUAUUUUAAAUAUAUGUUUAUUUUGUAAUUUGAAUUAUCUUCACCACAGCCCUGAUGGCAAGGCUAUUCUCAAGACAACUGCUCCAGAUACUAUUACAUCCUGGGUGGCCAGUGCUUUUUCUACCAGUCUGACAUCAGGACUUGGUGUUGCCCCUUUUACAUCGUUGGUAAAAAAAAUGGAACAAAGCUUUUAAACAUUGAAAUUUCCAAUCGUUCAUUUGCAGUGUCUGAUACAAUUACAUUUCCUUGUUACUACUUUCUAUGUGUCAAACCAUAAUUUGAAUUAGAAUCUAAGAAUAGAAAUUUAUCAUCAGUAAAGCUACAUCAAUUCUUGUUAAUUUUUAAAAUCUCAUUUCUAUUUAUACUAAUACAGUUAUAAAUCUUUAUUCUAGUAAAAAGAAUUUUAUUAAAAUGAAAAAAAAAACCCAGCUAAUCAUUCCCAUCAGGCUCUGUUGCAGAGAAAACUCCAGUCACAUGUCAUAACUGUAAGACAUCAAACUAGUGCUAAAAAUAUAUAUUUAUUUGGCAUGUUACUGGAGAAGAAUUGAAUGGUUUAUAACUGUUAGUCAUUACCCCUAAGACAUAGGAACUUUCUAGGCUGUGGAGUGCUUACUUAUGUAUUAUAAAUGUCCAUGCUACUUUCUGAUAAUGUUUGUCUCUCCAAUAGUAGACACAACUAGUGUUAAUAAUUCCUCAAAGUAAAUGGUACAAGAGUAGAAACAUUUAAAAUAUUUUUAAAAAUUGAACUUUAAGAUAAUGCAUCAUAUUUCUACAUUGAGUAUUUCAAAAUUUUUUUAUUUUUUAAUUGUUUUAGUUCUGCAUUUUAUUCCUAAUUUCUAUCUUUCCAUUGUUACUUUUUAUGCUACUUUUUGUGCUAUCUUCAUAGUCACAUAAUAAGUUAUUUUCUAAUUCUCAGCUCAAGGUCUUCAGGCCUUUCUUUGUAAGCCUUACAUAUCCCCGUUCUGUUACUCGUCAUGAGCAAUUUGUUGUUCAAGCCACAGUUUUCAAUUACCUACCAUCAGAUCUUGAGGUAAGAAUUCUGGUUUUAAAAUUUGUAUUUAUUAGAUCUAAGCGAUUUAAACACAAUUGCACUUGACAUUAACAUAAACAUUGAACUUAUAACACUGUAUCACCCAUAUCACUGACAUUUAGCUCUUUAAUUCUUUUCAAUAUCUCUGUGUUACAAAAUUAAUAAAAACACAAAAUUGAAUUUUUUAUUUAUUUUUUAUUUCACUUUUCUAUUGCUUCAAAGUUUAAAGAACCAGAGUGAAACAUUUUUUGACUAAACAGCACAGUGUGUCACACUAUUUUACCAGAUAUUCCCACUUAAAUCAUUACAGCUAGUAAUACAAUUAGAUACUUUUAUCACAACUUUUUGACAUCUCAAACCCUUUGACACAUGAGGGUGUUUAUAAAUGCCCCCAAAUAAGAUUGAUGAAUAUUUUUUUUUCUUUCUGUUCAUGUGACAAUGAAUUUUAUUUAAAUGUAUAGGCCUUCACAUAAAUACAUCAAUAAUAAUUAAAUUACUCUUCAAUAUAAUUUAUUAGUUGAAAAGAACCAAAUUCGAGAAAAUACAAGAGUAGUCAUGCAAAAUAGUACAAUUGUGACACUGUUGUAAACGUAAUGUGCCGCUAUUACAUGAAAAAAUGUUUACCACUUUCCAGGUGAAGGUCACAUUGAAAGGUCAAAUAGAGUUCAAGAGCAUCAUCAUUUAUGAAAAUGGUACAGAAAUUUUAGUCUCUGGAAACCAAGAAACUGCUGUUACAGUAAGUUAAGUCAAAAACUUAACCUUUUGUUGUCUUCAGGUUGAGAAUGUAUACAGUUUCUAAAAUAAGUAAAUGAAUUAAGCUGUGAUUCACUCUAAUUUAGAUACUGUUCACAAUCAUUAAGAGUAAAAAUCCAUUAAGUUUACAAUUUGAAAGGACAGUCAAUAUCCCAAAGAACAGAAAAAUAAUUACCUCUAUCCCAUUUAACUCACCAUAAGGAGCACUUUCCAAUAUAUGUACGACUCUGAAUGACUCACCAGUAGCAAAAUGCAGCCCUGCACUUGUCCAGAAAGCAGCUGUCAUUGAACAAUUGAAGGGUUUGCUAAAACACCAGUGAAGGUGUUUAUGGAUGGCUCGGCCAACCUGUGAUAAAGAAAUAUGUUGUAUGGUGCGCUUGUCCUACACUGUAUUGGAGGGCCACCAAACAAGGACAUUUCAGAGCCCAGUUGGACCACAGCAUCAAACUUUGAUGUGGGGAUUGAGGUAUCAGGUAACAGGAUACUGCAGAAGUGGGAACUUGUAGAAUUCGAUGUGGUCAUUUUCUCUUAUUCUAGAUCCCCUCUUGAUGAUACCUUGAAAUCUGGUGGAAACUGAGUCACCAACACCAGAGCCUGGUGACACAAAUAGGCCUAAGGAGAGAACACUGCCCUACUUUCUCUUACUUUCAACAAGCUAGGCAAAAAAACAGUGACCUGACCUGACAGCAUGACAGGAUGGCCCCAUUAACAGUAGCCACAUGUUGACAGAUGGAACAGGCUGCCAUAGUAUUAGCAAAAACAUCUUGCUCAGCCAAAACAAAUGUAGACCAUUCACAUUUAAGAAUACCUAAGGAUACAUUAGAGCACUUUGUAUAUUUAUAGGCCUACCUAAGGGCAAUACAUCCAGUGUUUGACUACUAGAUUUUUAUGAACCAGAAAAUUGGAAUAAUGAACUAAGGCAACUUUCACAGAGUAAAUAAAGAGGGAAUUUUUAAAAAAAUUACAAUGUUAUAAAACAGAAAAUUACAAGGUCAUAAAAAGAAAAUUAGAAGGUCAUAGAAAAGAAAAUUAGAAGGUCAUAGAAAAGAAAAUUACAAGAUCAUAGAAAAGAAAAUUACAAGAUCAUAGAAAAGAAAAUUACAAGAUCAUAGAAAAGAAAAGGUCAUUUGAUUUAGUGAAUGAGUUUUAACCUCAACUGAAAAAAAAAAUUAAUUCCCCACAGGUAAAAUCAGGUGAGCAAGGUGUUGCCUAUUUUCCAAUGUUAUCAACUGCAUUAGGUGUUGUAGACAUUGAAGUUUCUGCUCAAUCCACGGCGGCGGCAGAUGGCCUAAGCAGACAGAUAAUUGUGAAGGUAGGGCACAGUAGUGACAUAGCUUCUUGUUUUUGGAAAUUUUAAUUUUUCAAUGAAUCACAAUUGCAAACUGUAAGCACACCUGCUCUUUAUCAUAUUUAAUAAAGGUAAAAAAUAGAGAAGUUGAAAAAUAUGGAUGCCACAUAGUAGAACAAAUUGUAAAUUACCUGCUAAAGAUAUUGUUUACCUUGUUUAUUAUUUUUUUCAUUUGAAAAUAUGUAUUUUGUUUACUGUUUAUUGCAUUCAAAAUUAUUUAUUAAUCUAUUAAUCUACAGCCUGAAGGUGCCCCAGUCAGCUACAACUCCCCUGUGUUUGUCAACAUUGACAGCAAUUCUACCCAGAAAUUUGAAAAGAGUGUUACAUUCACCCUUCCCCCCUCUGUUGUAGUUGGCUCAGAAAGAACCAGAGUGAAAGCUACUGGUAAAUAUUUGUUGUAUUCUAUUAGGCAGUAUAUAAAUAUAAAUUUUUAAAAAGCAUAAAUGUUAGUAGAUGUAAUACAUUUUAUUAGAGCACACAUUUCUUGAGUAUUUCCUCAGAUUGCUUUCAUUGCUUUAAUUGAUAGAAAUAACUUACUUCUACAACUUAAGUGUUAAAGGAAAGAAACUGAGCUAAUUUUCUAAUGUUGUGAUGCAUUUAAAAAGAAAAGCCAAAGUUUGUGGAUGUUUUAAACAUGAAUUUAAUUAUUCUAACAUUGCAUGCCUUCUUCUUCUUUUUCUCUAUAUAUAUUAAGGGUCCACUAUCAAUGCAUUGAUCAUUCUGGCUCCUAUUUACCUUAUGUAAAAUAUGAUGCUCAUCACAUAUUUUUAAAGUUAAUUAAAAAUUUUUUUAAAUCUUGCCAGUUUGUAAUUAAAGCCGUUUUAAAAUGUUUAAACUCAUAACAUCAUAUGAUAUCCACAACAGGUGAUCUAAUUGGUUCAAGUUUGAGCAGCUUGACAUCACUCAUCACUUUUCCAACUGGUUGUGGUGAGCAGAGCCUUGCUAAGUUUGCCCCUGACCUUUACAUUGCCCAGUACCUCAAUGCCACAGGUCAACUGAGAGAUGCUAUGAAAAGAAACAUCAUUGAUGUAUUAGAAGCAGGUGAGAUCAAAUCCGUUAUAAAUAGUGCAUAAAAAGUAGAAUACCAAAACAAUAAAAGCUUAUAUCUUUAAGGUUUUCACUGUUAUUCUUAAAAAGGCUGUUUGACUUAGUAUAAUUAUGAAAGGUCUUUUUUGAAGCUUAAAUCAGAAUUUAAAUAUUCUUAUAAAUUAUUUAGCCUAAUGACAGGAGGUGGUAAAAACUCAUUCAUUGUUUUAAAACAAAUUCCUGCUCUUCACAUCAUCUAUGUUUAAACAAGCAAAUAACAUAAUUUGAAAAACUCUUUUUGGUUCUUAUUUAUCCCAUCUACCUGCUGAUCAGGUUACCAAAGACAACUCACUUACCGAAGAUUCGAUGGUGGAUUCAGCCCCUUUGGCAACUAUGAUGAAACUGGCAGCACUUGGUAAGUGGUUUCAAAUGGAAUUUAUACUAUUUCACAGAAUAUUUUUAAAUGUUAAGCAUCUCUUUCCUUUUUAUUUAGUGUUUGUAAAAAAUGUUAGCCUAAAAAUUGUACUAUAUCAAUUAAAUAAUUUCAGGCUGACAGCUUUGACAUUCAGAAUACUCUCUGAAGCCAGUGAAUUCAUCUAUGUUGAUCCCCUAAUACUUUCUACAUCUGUUAUGUGGAUCAUUGAUAGACAAAAUUUGGAGGGUUCUUUCAAUGAAUUUGGCAAAGUCUUGGACAAAAAUACACAGGUAGUCUAUAUAUCAACCUUGGAAACUUUGCUAGAUGUAACAUAAAAUUCUUUACUGAAUAUCAGCCAUUUCAAAUGCUUUUCACUUAAUAAUUUAAAAUAUGUUUCUUAGUAUCAUACACCUUUAAUUUUUAAAUUAUUUAAGUAAGAGGACAAAACAUUCUUUUUACAACAAGUAGUCUUUUAAAUAAACCAUUAUUAGUUCUACUCAGCAUACAUAUUUUAUCCUGCAGGGAACAGGCACAGGACCUGCCUUGACGGCCUUUGUUUUGUUGAGUCUGUUGGAUGCUGAGAACUAUGUGGAGAAGGAGGUGAUUAUCUUAUUUGUGUCCUAUUUCAAGUUUUUAACAUUUCUUGAUCAUUAAAAAAAUUAAAGAUGCUUCAAAACCCUUGUUUAGCAAAGUUUAAAAAAAUUAAUUAAUACCAAGUAUAACAUAAUAUUACAAUAUCUCUAACAUUUAAAUGGACCAUAUUUUAUUCUAAUUCUCUUGUUAUUGAAAACAUGUUUCAUUGCAUUACAAGGCAUGUCUGAAGGAGGGAGGUUUCAGAUGUAACUACUAUGAACGUUGGGGAAAUGCCACUGAAAAAGCAAGGACUAAUCUGGAAAAUUUGGUGGCCAGUAAUGCUAUUGGGGAUCAGUUUCCUCUGGCCUUAGUCAGCUAUGCACUAAGCAAGGCAAAAAGUCCUUCAGGUUACCAAAGACAACUCACUUACCGAAGAUUCGAUGGUGGAUUCAGCCCCUUUGGCAACUAUGAUGAAACUGGCAGCACUUGGUAAGUGGUUUCAAAUGGAAUUUAUACUAUUUCACAGAAUAUAGGAUAGGACUUUAUAUACACAAAUGAGGGCAUUAUGGUCAUAAUAGCAGUUGAUCUCAUGGACCCUGUUAAAAAUGUUGGGGUGAUAUAAUAGUAAAUGUUUGGUCUAAAUGGUUUUCAAGCAAUUUUAGAAAACUAACUUAUGAUCUGAGAUAACUCAGUUUAAGGGAUGAUAUGACAAUUAUUUUCAUGUUUUAUUUUGGUAAUCCAGAACUUUUGAUGUAUUUACAGUAAAGAUUAUGAGUAAUUGACAUGAUCUUGUAAUUCAAUUCCUUAUAAAUAAAGUAAAUACAAAAUGGCCUCCAUCAUCAAUUUAUGUAUAUUUUUUAUUUUUAUUUAACAUUGACAUUUUAAUUGUUUUAAAUGUUAAGCAUCUCUUUCCUUUUUAUUUAGUGUUUGUAAAAAAUGUUAGCCUAAAAAUUGUACUAUAUCAAUUAAAUAAUUUCAGGCUGACAGCUUUGACAUUCAGAAUACUCUCUGAAGCCUUUUAAAUGUUAAGCAUCUCUUUCCUUUUUAUUUAGUGUUUGUAAAAAAUGUUAGCCUAAAAAUUGUACUAUAUCAAUUAAAUAAUUUCAGGCUGACAGCUUUGACAUUCAGAAUACUCUCUGAAGCCUGUGAAUUCAUCUAUGUUGAUCCCCUAAUACUUUCUACAUCUGUUAUGUGGAUCAUUGAUAGACAAAAUUUGGAGGGUUCUUUCAAUGAAUUUGGCAAAGUCUUGGACAAAAAUACCCAGGUAGUCUAUACAUCAACCUUGGAAACUUUGCUAGAUGUAACAUAAAAUUCUUUAUUGAAUAUCAGCCAUUUCAAAUGCUUUUCACUUAAUAAUUUAAAAUAUGUUUCUUAGUAUCAUUCACCUUUAAUUUUUAAAUUAUUUUUUAAGUAAGAGGACAAAACAUUCUUUUUACCUCAAGUAGUCUUUUAAAUAAACCAUUAUUAGUUCUACUCAGCAUACACAUUUUAUCCUGCAGGGAACAGGCACAGGACCUGCCUUGACGGCCUUUGUUUUGUUGAGUCUGUUGGAUGCUGAGAACUUUGUGGAGAAGGAGGUGAUUAUCUUUUUUGUGUCCUAUUUCAAGUUUUUAACAUUUCUUGAUCAUUAAAAAAAUUAAAGAUGCUUCAAAACCCUUGUUUAUUAUGCAGUGCUUUAGCAAAGUUUAAAAAAAUUAAUAAAUUAAUACCAAGUAUAACAUUAUAUUACAAUAUCUCUAACAUUUAAAUGGACCAUAUUUUAUUCUAAUUCUCUUGUUAUUGAAAACAUGUUUCAUUGCAUUACAAGGCAUGUAUGAAGGAGGGAGGUUUCAGAUGCUACUACUUUGAACGUUGGGGAAAUGCCACUGAAAAAGCAAGGACUAAUCUGGAAAAUUUGGUGGCCAGUAAUGCUAUUGGGGAUCAGUUUCCUCUGGCCUUAGUCAGCUAUGCACUAAGCAAGGCAAAAAGUCCUGCAUCCAACACGGCUUUAGAGAAACUUCUUACAUUUUCCCAAAGUGGAGGUAGGAAGAAUAUUGUUGAAGGUUUAAGCCUAGUCCAUAAAAUUAAAACUAUGAUUUCUUUCAAUAAUAAGUUUAUAUCAAAGAAUGUGUAAUGAACUAUAAAAAAAAAAUAAAGUAAAUAUAUGUUAGGUAAAUGAAAUUAAAUGCACUUACAUUUCUAUAAUUACAAGAUCACAUAAGUAUUUAAGUACCAAACCUUCAUCGGAAUUAUUAUGAAAUGGAAUAUAAGUAAAAUUAAUAUCUUUCAUAGGCUUUUGUAGGCUAUAUUAAUUUUACUUUGUAUGCUUUUAUCAUUAUUAAACUGAACUGCAGUUUUUAAUGCUAUUUAUUAUCUAAAAGAAACUUUUAUAUCAAUAUAUAUGUAAUGAUUAAACUGCCCUUUUAUCCAUAGGUGGUCUUUUACACUGGGAGGCAAACAGCACAACUGUUGAACCUAUGCAAUCCCACUACUUUAAAUGGCGUCCACCCCGAAUCCAGGCUAGACCCAUUGACAUUUUGAUUACAUCAUAUGCUAUUUUAACAUAUACUGAAUUGGGUCGUAUUGACGAGGCCCUUCCAGCUGUCAGGUGGCUGACCACACAGAGAAAUGCUCAAGGUGGUUUCUCAUCUUCUCAGGUGAGCCUUGUGUAUAUAAAACUUAAUGAAGGAAUUUUUUAUAUCCCUAAGACAGUGCAUUAUGAAAUUAUUUUAAAAAAACACACACGCCUAUAAGCAAUCAAUAUUUUUAUUUAUCUAAAAAUGUCAGGUUGAUAUCAUUGUCACAGGUUUUUUUUUUGGUAUUCGCACCUAAAUAGGACACAGUUGUAGGACUUCAAGCUCUCUCAGCCUUUGCUGCCAAGUCAUUGCGACCUGAAACUGAUCUUAACAUUGUUGUAACUGCUCCGACCCCCUUGGCUACCUUUUCUGUAACAAGAGAAAAUGCUUUGUCUUUGCAAACAAAAGAGGUAUUUAUUUAAUAACAAUAAACGUUUUCCCCUUAUAAGAAAGUGUAUGUAUUAUAAAUUAGUAAAAUUUAUUUGAAAAAAAAACCCAUCGAUAUAAUGUAUGGCAAUCAUUAUGUUUUACCCUGAAUAAAAAUAUAAUUUAAAAAUGCAAAUAAAAAGAUACAAAGAAAGAGAAUUUUUAGCAUUUUUUACUUCUCUUCACUUGUACCAAAUAUUCUUUUUGAAACACUAACAUGUUUAAGUUAUCUGAGUAUUAAAUUAUCAGCUGCAUCUUGACCUAAUAACUGUAAAAUAAACUUUUGUGUAUUGUUUUAAACACAUACCAUUAUUAAAUUAUUUUUAGAAUAUUAGAUUGGAUAAAUUAUAUUAUUUGGAUAGCUGCAUUCUCUUAUUUAUAUGGAAAACUAACUAACAUACUUUGUCUGAUUUUCAUGGGUUUUGUUUUAUGACUUAAUAUCUUAGAAAUAGCUGUUAAUAAUUGUUAAAGCUGUCAAUGUUGAUCAUAAGCUGUGAUUUCAUAUUCAGCUUCCAAUACUCUGUUAAACUUAUCAAUUUUUUAUCAUAAGCUGUGAUGUCUUAUGUAUCUACCAAUGCCAUAUCUACAUUUAUUUAUUAAUUUUAAUAAAAAUGCCAGGCUUGUCGACAAUUAUUAUCAUUUAUGUUUCGAAGUGUCUACACGUCCGGCGCGCCGGACGUGUAGUGCGCAAGAUACACGUCCGGCGACUUGUCACGUGACCGCCGGACAUGGCCGGACGGCUAGUAGUUUUUAUAAUUCCAAACGAAGUACGCUUUAGUACAUCUUGUCUGGUCUUGUGGUAGAGUGGUUGCUUGACGAAAGGAAGGUUUGAGGAUCUAUACCGGGGAUAGGGUCGUUUUUUUUCUUCCCAUUUUAAUUAAAAUAUUUUGUAUAUAUUUAUAUUAUCAUGUUCCUCAGCAACAGUAGUUUCAUGAGAAGUUUUUAAAUAUUUUGUAGCAAUUGAAAUAAUUUAAAAUGAAAUCUUUAACUUUUAUUGGUUGCCACACUGGCCCCUAAUUUAUUUUAUGGAUUACUGGUACACAAAAAAUAACAAACUAAACAAAAAUGUUUACAAGCCACUUUCACUUAAGUUUCUUUUUCUAUUAUUUGCAUUCAAGAUACUCAGUACAUUACUUGGUAGAGAAAUAGAUUUUAAAAUUAACAAUAGUUUUGAAUUAUUCGCAGUCACGUGACAAGGCUGACCGACACGAUAUCUCUCGCCACUUUGUUACGGCGGUCAUGUGACUUGGUCGCCGGACACAUAGUGCGGGAGAUAGACGUCCGGCGCGCCGGACGUGUAGACACUGCCUUUAUGUUUUUCUUGCUUAUAACAGCUCUCUGGUGCCCCACAAGAGCUAUCAAUCAGUGCGUCAGGAACUGGAUUUGCUCUUGUUGAUGUAAGUCUCCAUAAUUUAAUAAACUUAGAUUGUGUUGUGAAUUAGCUAAAAAAAAACACUAUUCAAACUUUAUAACAUGAUGUAGCACAGUGGUUCUCAACCUAUGAAUCGCAAAGCCAUCAGGAGUUGUCUGCUUAUAUGACAGGAGUUGAUUGAAAACUUCAGAAAAUUGAUGUUUUAAUUUAAUGAUGUGCAUUUAUUUUCAUCAAUUUUACAACAAUUCGUUUUUAAAUUUAAAUAUUAUUUAUGUUGCAGUGAUCAGACUAAGUACAUAUUCAAUGUACCCAAUUUAAUAUACUAUUUUCUCUCCAACAAUAAAAAGUUUUUUCGUUAGUGAAUGUACCUAAUAGACCUUCAAUAUAAAAACUUUCAUCUUUGCUAAAAGUUUUUAAAAAAAAACAAUAAAAAAACAGAGUUCUUUAAAAGUUGUUUAUUGUUUAAGGUUAUUGUCGCAGGUUGAUUACAGUUUCAAUGUAGCAUCUGAAGUUACCACACCUUCCUUCGAUGUAAGCACAGUUCUGUUGGAUGAUGGCAUUAAUUCUUUCAAUUUGAUGAUUUGUACAAAGUAAGCAAACUAAAAAAUGUCCCGUCCCCCCCCCAUCUCACAAAUUUUAGCUACAAUAUAUUCUCCAAUAUAGUGCAUACCAGUGGAUAGGUCACAGCGUUAGUGUCAGGUUGCCAAAGCGGGUAUUUGCUACUGAUUCACAGAUAGGUUGCACCUUUCAUUUUGGGAGUUACAAGGCACUUUUUUAAACCUAAAUAUAAAUAAUGCUUAAUUUGUUUAACAGACAUCACACAAAUUUUUCAAUAACAACUUGAAAACUGAAAAGUAAUUGUGCUAAAAUACAUGAUGUUUAACAAAAACUCCCAAAGAACAUAUUGCCCUCUGCUCUUUUAUGGCGUAGGCAAGAGAGGAAACAUUUAUACAAAUUUUAAUAUAAAUGACUACACAUUCAAUGAUAACUGCAUGGAAAAUCAAAGUUGAGUUAAUAUGUUACAACCGUAAUUUUUAUAAAAAAAAUUUGAAAUAAAAAAGUGUGACCUAUACAUAUAGAGUAUUCACUUUUUCUAUUUAAUUUUUUUUAGUAUUGCCCAAAUGUUUUUGUCCUAUAUAGUAGCAUGCUGGAUCUUCUAAUUUUAUGAAUGACAUUGUUUCCUACUAUUUAUCAGACACCAGUAAGUUACUAUUGUCACCAAGAAAUUCUUUAACAAUCUUUACUAUUUGAAUAAAGUUUUAUUAUCAUAACAUGAAUGUUACACCGUAAGUAUAAUUUAAAUUGUAAGACCUUUAUUUAUUAAAAAGAAAUACUCAUUUUUGGUUAAUAUUGUAAGGAAACCUUGCUUGCUCUCUGCUAACCUUCAUCUAUAUCUGGCAUCACUAAGGAAACAACUCAGGCGAUAACAUUAAAAUUUGAUGAUUAAAAUCGUGUUCUUUAUUAGGCUGACGAUUCGCUUAUACUUUCUCUCAUCUCGCAACUCUGACUGCCCUCUUCCUCUACCGUCGGAGAUCUCUCUCACUGUCUGCUCUCUGUCUGGCCGCGCUCUUUCCUUACAAUCUAACCGUCCCCUCUUAUAGGUCCACCAGCCAACCGAGGCGUCUCUAGAGAUUACUCCCCCUACCUUCUUAAGUCUUGAUUUAUCUGCUACACGCCAAACACCUGGACUGAACUCUGCCGUGGAUUUUGCCCCUCAUCCCUGCCCGCUGCAUUCCUCGCCUUAAUUUAUUUGGUCAGUCUUCGACUUUGGGUUUACCCCGCACCGUUGACAUCCAUUGUAUUCCACGUCUUAAUUUAUCUGCUACGCGCCAAACACCUGGACUGAGACUGAACUCUCUACAAUAUCUUUUAGAGCUCAUCUUUAUUUUGAGGUUAAAAUAGAAUUAUUUGUCACUCUCAGAUGGUUGUUGAAAAAAGAAACAGGUAUGGUUGUACAGGAGAUCAGCAUUCCCUCUGGAUUCCAACCAGAUCUCUCUACACUUGGUAAUGUGGCUGGUUUGAAGAGGUCUGAGAGGAAGGGAGGAGUUGUAGCCAUAUAUUUUGAUAAGGUUUGUUUUUAUAUGGUUUUUUUCCAUAUAAUUUUUUACCAUUGAUGCUUAUGUUUUGUGAAGAUUAUAUCACCCAUAAUAUAUUUUGUUUGUAAGUAAUAUAAGCAACAAAAAAAAAAAACACAACCUUUACAUAAUUUAAAAAAAAACACAUUUUUUUAAAAAAAGAAUAAUUUUUUGUGUGGCUUAAAUUUAAAAAUAAAAGAAGUAAAUUCACAUUAUAAAUUUAAAAUUAGGGUCAAAAUCUAUUUCACAAAUGAUUUCCUCUAGAAAUCAGUCCAAUGAAAAAAAAUAAUUUAAAAUGUCUCUUUCAUUUGUUAAAACAAAUAGAUUGGCAGUUCAUCAUUAUGCUACAGUUUGAGAAUGGUUCGUGAAUCCAAAGUGGCCAAGUCACAAAGCUCUUAUGUCAAAACAUUUUCAUACUAUUCCCCAGGUAAAUCUUAACAUUGGGUCAUUAUAGCCUACAUAUCAGAGUUUUUUUUCAAAUAUGAUAACUUUCAUUAGAUUACAAUACAAAACUUUGCUAGUCUGUUUGCAUCACAGUUGUUCAGUGUUAUUUCAAUCAGUAAAUAACAGCCUGUUAAUCUCAAGUAGACAUUUUGCUGUUUGUAUUUACAAACUACUUUAUUAAAUGAAUCAAUAUGUUCUUAGUCUUGAGAAGAAAGACAGGAUUUAUAAUAUAGAAGGUUUUUGGCUAGAUGCCUUUUUCAAAAGACAAUACAAAACAAGAAACAAUAUACUUUAAGUUAAAAUAGAAAUAAAACUUAUGUUUUUGAAAAUCUCAAUAAUGUCAAUGUAGCUCAAUGUUUAGAACAGGAAGCGAAACUUUGAGCUAUAUUGAAAUUGCUGAGAUAAUCUAUUAAGUCAUUUCAUUUUGCUCAAUUCACAUUUGUAGCAAAGAAAUAGUUAUAAAUGUUAGAUGUUAAUAUUUAAAGAAUUACUUUUGAUCACUUAAAUUUUCUUCUACAUCAAUUUUUGAUCCAAAUUAUUAAUCUAGGAAACUGUUAAAGGAAUUUUAAGUUAAGUCAAAAGCUUAUAUUUAGUGAUGGAAUGAUUUAAACUAUUUUCUGCAGCAUAAUUAUAUGUCUACUAUUCUUUUAAAAUAGAUGACCAGAGCACUGUCUUCUACCUACCAAAAGCACUACGAGAUUCAAACAUCUGUGAUGUAUGCGUUGGGUGUUGCCCAUGGCUUCUGCAAUGAUAUAUUUAUUGCUCCAGGAAUCAAACAAUUCUAAUUAAACAAUGUCAUUCUAUUUGGAGACUUUGAAAAAAAAAAGAUUCUUUAAUUAAACAAACUGAUCUUUUGAUUCGUUA